AUGGACGAGCCUCUUGAUACUAGAAGUGUGAACAGAAACAACGAGGAGUCCAGCACAGACCUGGUUGAGCUUGGGAACUUGCACACACCAGGAGAGGACCUUCAGGAACAAGCCAUGCAAGGAGAGAAGUCAGGCGAAGGGAAUGAAGAUGGAAAGGACCACAUCACACUCUUGCCUUUCGAGGUCAUGAGUAAGGCAUUCGCUCAGCUCUCUCGCGAGGAACGCUUGACAACCACUUCGCUCGUGUGCAAAAAGUUCAUGGACGUCAAUCGCUCAUACAUCUACAAAUUCAUCCACAUCAGUUUGGGAAACCAACGAGAAGGGGGGGAAGACAACCCAGGUUUGGAAGAGUUCGGAGCAUGGUUCGCUACCCUACUCAAGCAUGACCAACUGCGCGGUCGCGUCGUCUCGUUAGCCUUCAAGGUUCAUCACCACGACCUGUACCUCCAAGUCCAAGGACAUCUGGAAAACUUGGUGAAACAUCUUAAAUCUUUGAGAGAAUUGUCGCUCAACCCUCCACCGUCGCGCUACGACUUUCCAACCAAUCCAAUGACAACUUUUCUGCGACUGGAUUUCCACUACGACAGGACCACCUUCUGGCAAGGCUUCCCUAGCCUGCCGCCGCUCGAGCUGACGCAGUUCUUCUACAUCGACCACAUCCGCAAGCUCCAGAUCGAGCACAUUUCCUUGGCGCCAGAGCUGCAUCGCGGCCCUUUCUCCAUCCGCCGAGACCAAACAUCACUCAUAGAUGAUCUGCGCUUCAUCGACUGCUCUCCCCAAACCGUGGGAAAAUUGCCCGAUCUCCUACUCUUGCCUCAAUCGCUCAAAUGUUUCGUCCUGGAGACAAAGUGUCCGUGGUCCGUGGCACAGACCCCCCCGUGCACGACCGCAUACCAUGGACGCACAGCAGCUUUACCAAGCGUUAGAGCCUCACUGUCGUACUCUUGA